AUGACGCAGGACCCCCACUUCACAUUGGGCUCGCCUCCCACCUCCAGCCAUGCCGGACGAGCUUCUCCUCCAUCCUUCACCAUGAUCAACGCGUUUCUCGUGUUCAACGGUCAGGGCCAACCGCGCUUGACCAAGUUCUACACGCAGCUCGAAACGAGCAUCCAGCAGCGACUGAUAUCGGAAAUCUUCACCCUCGUCUCGAACCGACCCGAGGGCUCCUGCAACUUUCUGCCUCUUCCGCCGCUGCUGGCGGCGUCGGGAACGUCCCACACGUCCUCGAAUGAGGAAAACGACGUGCCGUCGCUCGUCACCUACCGCCACUACGCGACCCUCUUCUUCAUCAUCAUCUCGACGUCGACGGAAUCGCCCCUCGCCCUCAUCGACCUGAUACAAGUCUACGUCGAGUCCCUCGACAAGCUGUUCGAGAACGUUUGCGAACUCGACCUCAUUUUCAACUAUGAGACGCUCCACGCGACCUUGUCGGAGAUGAUCAUCGGCGGCGUCGUCAUCGAGACCAAGCUCGACCGCAUCGUCUCCGGCGUCAGGGCCCAAGGGACCGUGGCCAAGCGGCCCGUCAACGAGGGUCGCGGCACCGGUCUCGGCACCGGUCUCGGCAUGGGCGGUAACUUUGCCUGGGCCGGACGAUGA